AUGUCGUUGUCAAAGGAAUGGAUGGCCGAUCUGUACCGGUCGGAGAUGCAUGUGAUGGGACCCUGCCGGGCUCGCGAUCGCAUCUCCGAUAUCGUCAACUUGUUCUUCAAGGAUCGCGAGGAGGAGACCUACCACCAGGAAAUCCAGUACCGAAAACAAGUUGAGCGACUAGUGAAAGACGGCGAUGUCUAUCGGAUCACCUUCGUCCCUGCCAACCACCGAGUGACAAUCCAAAUCCUCCUCGAUAACAACGACCUGAACCCCGAGGAGAGUUGGUCGUAUUAUGUGACCGCAUAUUCGAUGCGCGACCUGCCCGAGGGCCUCGAUGAAGAGGAGGAGUACGACCGGUACUACAGUACCCUCCAGCACCACGACGGGCUCAAGAUUCGCAUCUGCGCGAACAAUUACACCUUGCUCUACCAGCCAGACACCCACGACUGGUUCUGGCGCUUUAGCGCGCCGAUCGCCGAGAAGGACGCCGACGCGGACACCAUCAAAGCCCAAACAUGA